CAAGUGCGCGAGUGGUGGGGAGAACGGCGCAGGCGCAAGACUGUUUUUAGGUUAGGAGGAAACUGGAAGAAACAGCUGAUUUAGAUCUUCAUGCGAGAAAAACUUAGAGGUUUAUCGGAGUGAUAAAAUCAAUUUGCUCCGAUGAUCCCGGCCGCCACGGCCGCUCUUCGGGGUCAGCCUUAAAAGGACCUUCCGGGAGAAGUCGUUCGACGAUUGAACGUUCCGCAACAGCUGACGAAUCAUCUGCAUGAUUUAAACGAUGGCAGGCUCAGCGCUUAGACGAUUGAUGGCGGAGUACAAACAGCUAACCUUGAACCCGCCGGAAGGCAUCAUCGCCGGCCCGAUUAACGAGGAAAACUUCUUCGAAUGGGAGGCCCUCAUCACUGGACCAGAAGGAACCUGUUUUGAAGGUGGAGUAUUUCCAGCGAAAUUAAUAUUCCCUCCAGAUUAUCCAUUAAGUCCUCCAAAAAUGCAGUUUACCUGUGAGAUGUUUCAUCCCAACAUCUACGCGGAUGGAAGAGUCUGCAUAAGCAUAUUGCAUGCACCCGGUGACGAUCCAAUGGGUUAUGAAAGCAGUGCAGAAAGAUGGAGUCCAGUGCAGAGUGUGGAGAAGAUACUGUUGAGUGUAGUAAGUAUGUUGGCUGAACCAAAUGACGAGAGCGGUGCCAAUGUAGAUGCCGCCAAAAUGUGGAGAGAUGAUCGUGAGGAGUUCGAGAAGAUAGCUCAAAAGCUGGUGAGAAAGACUCUGGGCAUUCCACCUUAAAAUAGAAUCCAUCUGCUGAAAGAAAGGAAAAAGAAAAAGCUGGAGAGCGACGAUUAUUAUUACUUUUGUCGGUCGAUGGUAUUCCUGUAGGAAACAAUAAAUUUUUACCUGUGCAGCAAAUGAAUCUUUUGUGUGCAAAUACUUCUUUGUACGUUCCACUAAUUAUUUGCGCACGGAAAUAUUGUCGUGAAUUUUACACUUACAAAAGGGAAAAUCUUCUAUGAUACGGGAAUCGAAAGUGUUAAUCUCAAAAAAUGUUUAUUUUCAACAUUGCAGUACAAACAUGGGUAAUCAAAUACAUACGCGAUUAUCUCAUACGCUUACAUAUACCAUUUCACUGUGACAAACCAAUAACGAAGGACAGGAUUCGUUUCGUGUGUUCGGGUGCGUGAUUGAUGUUAAAUAUAAUAUAUAUUAGUAUUUAAAAUUAUCAACUGAUCCCACAAAUUACCCUACGGCGAUGUUAAAGUAAUUAUCACAUUCGCAUAUGGUGUUAUAUUAUUCGCAUGUAAAUGUAUAUCGGCGAAAACGCAUUACCAACUAAUAUGUUUGAAUAUCUUUUAAUAUUUGAGGAGAGAAAUAUAUAUUAAAUAAAUAUAUUUAUAGUAUUUCUUUUUUUUACAAAGAUGUGUAAUGGAAACAAGCGGAGUAGUGGUUCUUUCACUGAAAAAUCAUCUUUAGAAGACUCAUAACAAGUUUGUCAAAAUAGCGAAUAAACUAAAUUGUUCUCGCGGUCAGUUAUAUUCUUUUAUAUUUAUGAAAUCACGCGAGUGCCGAUCGAGAGAUCGUCAACAUGAUCUUGAUAGAAGUUCCGGAACGUGUGUUGCCGCAUCGUAUUUACAAAAUUAAGAAGUCCGCACAGUAGAUUGAUUAUCGUGCACAUCCCGCUCUGAUAACAAUCGAACUUGGUGACAAAGACGUGCAGGGUGUCCCACUUAAAGCGUCCCAGUCCGAGUAGCCGAACGAUUGAUUUGAAAGCAAGAGCUUCCUUUUAAUUCUAGAUAUACACAAUUAAAAUUGUUUUUAAUUAAAAUUUUU